UUGCCAUUUGUGGUUGAUUCAAACGAUGAAGGAACUGUCGCCCGGGAACUGGAACUAGAGCAAAUGAGGAGUACAUUGAAAGAGGCGAUUGUGGAAACGCGCAGUACGCCUCUCGAAAAUCGACCGCGACUUCCCCGCUUAUCCCUAAGCAAGCAGAAUCGGGUUGUCGUGAGUGCUCUGAAACCAAUGCUGGUUACCUAUUUGGAAGCCAGCCGGGACCUUUGCGAGACGAACUCAAUUAUUUUUGGCGCCGCACUGGCAGUCUGCCGUAUUAUAGGCGCCAAAUUUUCCACGGCUGGACGCGCUACUGGACAAAGUAGUGCUAUCCCAUCCUGGAGAAUAAGAAUUGAAGAACGUAUCGCAAAGUCUAGGGUCCUCAUCGGCAGACUGAUAUGCUUCAGGUCAGGCAAUACCAGGCCAAGGAUUGUGCGCACCGUCAGGAUGGCGUUUGCUGGGACAAAUGUUAGUUUGUCCCAGCCGGAUAUAAUGCAAAAACUGACAGAGCGCAUAGACGACCUGAAGCAAAGAAUCGCUGCUUGGGGAAAGGGGAUUUGGCUAUAUACCGAGAGGUCGACACGGUUCAACCAGAAUCUUCUCUUCCAGAGUGAUCACAAGAGGCUCUUUAAAUCAUUGGAGGGACCAAUAGUAAGUGGAACGGGCCCAGCACCAAAUCAGGCAGACACGGUCGCAUUCUGA